CCGGUGCGUUGGCAGACUGGAUCUGGAGGAGGUACCUCAGGGCAUGUACUUUCCACCUCAUGUUCUCAAUUGGGCUUGGCUUAGGUACAUCCUUCUUGUAUCUCUUGUUCCUUUAUCCGAAUCCGCCAAGAGACAAUCGGAAGGUUCCAAAGUCGGGAAUGGCGGCCCAAGAAACCUCAUCCGUAGACACCUCACCGUCCUCGCAUGCGCUGUCGUCAGGACCGCACGUGAGGGCGUCGCAACGCGGGGCUCCCUCAGUUGCGCGAGUCCUUUGUGGUUCUUCUCAUUUCCCUCUUUCAGACUCGACACCUCAGGAUAUCAUCUCAGGAGUCAAACGAUACCUACCUCAUGGAUCCCUCAUGGACACCAAAAGAAGUCGCGAGAAGGCGGUCGACGACCCCUUGGCACUAUCAUUGGCUCGUUGCCCGGGUCAUGAGCACCGAUGCCCUCAAAGUGCCCAACAACCUAGAUUCCGUGAUCGAUAAGGUAUCCGACUGAUUCGGCCAAGCUGCCAACUCACUGGCGGCUCGACGUCUACCCUUCCGGUUGGUGAGUUCGUCGUCUGGACAUGCCGCCCACGGUUGCCAUGGUUGCCAUCUACUCUAUCCUCGCAGGAUCGGGACUGCUCGAGAUGCUGCACCCUCUGCACCUCUGCACCUCUCCCCUCAUCGCCGCCUCCCCCGGAUCGCCCAAGCUUCCGCCCUGCCACGCGGGAUUGGAUA